GUUUAAGACACAAGCCGUACUGAGCACUUACUAAAUCACAUCUGGAGGAGAGACAACGCAGAUUUGGUUUUUUGAAGUCCACAGUAAGAGAGAUAUUAGGAGAAUAUGGAGCAAGGCAUUCAAGUAACGACAUCAUCAGGAUUUCUUACGACCGUCUCCAGCAACAACCUCACCAACAACACAGAGUGUCCCCAUUAUGAAAUAUGGGACUGGUUGUACAUUAUGCAGCCAUCUUAUAUGAUUGUCAUAUGUGUUUUGGGAAUCAUCGGAAAUGUCUUUGUCCUGCUGGUGUUCGGGCUCCACAAGAAAGAGUGCACGGUGGCUGAAAUCUACCUGGGAAAUCUGGCAGCCGCUGACCUCUUAUUGGUCUUGUGUCUUCCAUUCUGGGCCAUCAACAUAGGCAGUGGUUUUAAUUGGCAGUUUGGCUCGCUAAUGUGUCGUCUGGUCAAUUCCGGCAUUAGAAUGAACAUGUUUUGCAGUAUUUAUUUUCUUGUAUUGGUUAGCGCUGACCGCUACAUAGCCCUGGUCCAUGCCGUGUCGAGCAGUCGAAUGAGACGACCUCGGUACGCCAAGCUCGGUUGCAUCACGGUCUGGUGUUUCGGUUUAGUCCUCAAUAUCCCAACGCUUUAUUUCCGAGACAUCCAAUACAUCGAAGAACUCCAAGUUACGGCUUGCAUUUUAAACUACCCGAGUCCUGAGAUCGGACUUGGUUGUGACAUUCUACUUAUCCUGCUUGGCUUUAUCAUUCCACUAUUGGUCAUUUCCUAUUGCACGUAUCAGAUCAUUCGAGCGUUGCAUGAGCAGGUUAUGGAUCGAUUCAAUGCGGAGAACACUGAACGGAAGGCCACGGUUCUGGUGCUGGUUGUUCUAUCAGCGUUUCUACUAUGUUGGGUCCCGUUCCACCUGAUAACUCUACUGGAUAUUCUGAUGCGGUUUGGAGCCAUCAGUGGAUGUGAUGCACAAACAGGUCUUGAUGUUUCCAACCAGAUAUGCACCUACUUGGCUUUGAGCAACAGCGUGUUGAACCCGAUUCUCUAUGUGAUUGUUGGCAAGAACUUCAGGAAGAAAGUUAGUGAGCUAAUAAAACAACUUAAAAAAGGGAGAAAAGACGCAAGUGGUUCUACGAGGUCGCAACUGUCAACGUUAAAGACUCUCACAACAUAUUAAGACAUGACUAAACAAGACGGAUGGGUACAUGGCACAUAAAUGGCACAUACUGAAAUUAUAAUUGCGACAUAAGAAUGAUGUCUUUGCUAUAUGCUGGACAUGUUCAUGUGAUGCAUGUUUUGGUAUAAUUAUGUAACAUAUUUGUUCAUAUACAUUUUUGUAUUUGUAUUAUAUUUGUACUUUUCAUAAGUCAGGUGUCAUUGUAGCAACAUUUUACUUUGUAUAUUACUGUAUCUUUUUAACCCCAAUGUUUUAUCAUACUACAAUAUACAUUGGUUUAGUUACAAUAUACUAGCAUAUCAAUAUUUUAGAUACCCUUACUCAACCCCAUUCCUAAGCCUAACCACUUAUCAACAAUAUAAGGAUACGUCUACAUUAAUCCGGAUACAAUUGAAAAGGGCGUUUUCAUUUUUUUAAACGCUCUCCAUCCACUCUGCCAUUUUCAAGCAUUUUUUCAUAAGUUGCUCUUCAACACUACACAUAAGAAAACACUUAAAUCAGGGGAUUUAAUUUACUGUGCAUCCGAAAAAUCGUUGUUUCAUGAAAUGUCUGAAAUGCAACUGUUCUGUCGUCGGACAGCAAUUCUGAGUAAACUUCCUUUCACCUUUGAAGGAUUGCAAUGUGAUGGUUGUACAAAGUAACAUUUAUCUUUUUCAGCUGGCACAACAACAUCACUACAACACGGGCCGCCAUCUUGAUUAUUUGGGGGGUUGAAUGCAUCACUUGACUUUGUCACAUGGCAAAAAAUUCAUCAUAAUUUUCAGAUAUUUCCAUUUUCCUUGUCAACAGUACUACACAAAGACAGCAUUUUCAAACGUAUCCAUGGGCCGGCUGUAACUAUGAGGUGGUAGAGCGGGUCGGCCGCUAAUCGCAGGGUUGGUGGUUCGAUUCCCGGCCCACACGACUCCACAUGCCGAAGUGUCCUUGGGCAAGACACUGAACCCCAAGUUGCUCCCAAUGGCAGGCUAGCACCUUGCAUGGCAGCUCUGCUGCCAUUGGUGUUUGAGUGUGUAUGAAUGGGUGAACGAGUCACAGUGUAAAGCGCUUUGAAUACCGCUAAGGCGCUAUAUAAUGCAGACCAUUUACCAACCACUUGGGAAAGCAUUUACGAAAAGCUCAAUGUUUUUCUGUCAAAAACGUUUCCGAUGCAUUUCAAACAAAAACGUAUUAGUGUGGACAUGGCCUAAGACGUUAAACCGACAAUCACAAUCAUUUUAGUAACAUUAAACUACUGUAUGCCUAUAUUUGAGUGCCUAAUCCCCAACUUUAUUCCUGAACCUAAAAAAUUUUCAACAAUAUAGAAGACAUAACAAGCAGAUACAUUUCUAUCGGGAAGACAUGCAGGCUUGAGUGAGGUUUAAGAUGCCAUUUAUUUGAUGAAUGUAAAACAGAAAUGUAAUGUCUCUCUUUGGCGUAGGCCCUGUCUGGCGGUCCGAGUGAGUUGUACUCGGAACCAUCAUAUCCUGCCGGAGAUAGGAGGCAGGGGCGAGGAGCCUACCCCUGUGCAGGACGGGACUCAACAGGUGGUGGUGGGGUGGUGGAGGUUGCCGUGUUAGCACACUGAAACAGCAAUGUGAUAGAUUGUGAGCAGACUUAUAAAGCAAUGGCUUACAUGCGAUUGGCUAGGAGUUACCCAGCUAAUGGUGCGAUGAUGUACAGCUGCUAGUCUUCCCGCUUGAACUAUGCUGCGCUUCCAUGUACGGUCACAAUACCUUAUUCAAAAAAGCACUACAAAAGUAUUCCAAAUGCCUAAUUUAAAGUCGUCCGAAUCCAUUCGAUAGCUUUGUGUGAGGAAUUGUACACCGUGAUAAUUGAGCUUUUCGAAAGCACUCUCCCAAGUGGAUAAAUAUGAAUACGCCGUCUUCGCGUUGCAGUGUGGACAAGGAAGAUGGCGGCCCAUGUUUUAGCAGUGUUGUUGCUAUUCACUUUGAUAGUGUUGUUAAAGAUAAAUGUUACUUUGUACAACCACACCAUUGCGUUAUUUCAAAGGCGAAGGGAAGUUUACUCAGCAUUGUUGUCGGACGACGGAACGCGUAAACAAUUGCGUUUCAGACCGUACAUGGAAUGGCAAUUUGUCACAUGCACAGUAAUGGGAUUUAGGCACUCCCUGAAGACCGUCCCAUCUCAUUCAAGAAUGUACAUCCAAACAUUAGAAUGUUGCCAUUGGUCACAAGACACGCGCGAGCCAAAUGCAUUUGACAUCAUUGACGUCAAAGCUGUCGAGGCGGCAAUUUUUGAACGUUUCAUUUACGAAACGUAGGAUGGCACAGGAAGAGUCAUUUGCAUUCAUUAGAAAAGCACUUUAAGUGAUUGAAACUUAAGCUUUAAAGGAAUAGUUCACCCAAAAAGUUAAAUUUUCUCAUUUCAUUAUUGACUUCCCCUGAUGCCAUCCCAGAUGUGCAUGACUGUCUCUCUUCAGCAGAGCACAAAUAAAGAUUUUUAGAAGAAGAUAGAGCUCUGUCAGGUCCUUAUAAUAGAAGUAAAUGGGUCGCUUCCGUCCAGGGCUCUGAUGCCGUUUGAACUGGCCGAAGUCUCGCGUGACGUUCGUUCUUCUGUUGUAAAUAAGCGGCGCCUCCGAAUUCUCACGUGUACUCGCCGAUGUGUUUACGUCACGCUUCACUUAGGCUGCUGGCAGGAAGCGCUUUAUAAAAGUGAAUAUCGUUUUAAUAAUCGACUCGCUUCAGAAGACAUUCAUUGAUCAACUGGAGUCGUGUGGAUUACUUUUAUGCUGCCUAAAUGUGACUUUUGGACCGUCAAAGUGCCGGCACCCGUUUACUUCAACUGCCCAACCCUAACAAAUCAGGUAUUGCUUUACAAACAAAUAUGAAAUGACCCCCAUGCCAUUCUACAUCUCCACAUUUUUCUACAGAAGUCCACGUGCUAGUCGGGAUCAGACUGUAAUGGCUGAUUGAGACAUUGAUAAUUAAAUACAAUUAUCGCACAAAUAUAGGAUGACUUUUAUUAUGCUUUUCUCAUUUUUGGACAUGCUCCCAGCAACUUUUGACAGUGUUGACGGUUUACCAUGAGAAUAUCGAUUUUAACUCUUCAAUAAAAGUGUGAGUAUAACAGGCUAGGUCAGUCUGAUAGUGUUGCAAACGCAUGUCCAAUGUUUUGUUUACUUGAAAUGUUUCUAUAAUGAAUCUUUUAAUGUCAACAGACCAAGAAAACCUGCCACCAGACAGACCCUCAAGACAUGAGUCUGCUGACUGUUUCUUUUAGAGAUUUUCCAGUGCGAGAAAAUUACUAGUCGGUCAAAUGACAGAAUGUGUCACAGACUUUCCAGGAGUAACUCUGCUGCCCGUUCCCUUUGUGUGGUUAUGAAUAAAAACCUCCUAAAUUGUGUUUUCUCAGUGAUACCUCGACGGCGAGACGUGUUUUUCAUGAAGACUGUGGUCGGUAACACAGACAGACGGCCAAUAAGUGGCACUUUUAUGAUUGUGUGUGGGUGGCUAAAUGUAAUCUGUCACUAUUCCCUCAAAUAAAGCAUAUAUUUUCCCAAAUGAGGGGUAGCCUUUAAAUUCAUCAUAGUCUUUUAAACAAAAUCUCCUCAUGAAUAAUGUCUCUUGGCAGUAUUUUCAGUGCUUGUAAGCAUGUAUACACACACAGUAAUUCAGCUAAGGCUGGAAGUCUUAUUUGCCUUUUUGAUAGAGAAUAAGAGGCCACGUCCACACCAAUUCUUUUUCGGUUGAAAACGCACUGAUUCUGCUACAUUUACGGCUCUCAGCCACACUGGAGAUUUUCGAAAACACAUUUUCUAGUACUUUGGAAAACGCUAAUGUUUGUGAACAGAAAAUGUUUUCAAUCGAAAAUGCAUUAGCGUUGACGUAUCCAGAGGGAACAGGUACAUGUGAAAUAUUUGAGAUUUAUAUGUUGCUUGCAAAAUAAAUAAAUAAAUAAAUAAAUAUAAAUGUCAGAAUGCA